UCCGCAUACAACAACACCCUUCUCCGGUCAUUAUCUAGCUUCUCGAUUCUCUAUCCUCAACCACAUUCACACUCCCACCCAUCGUCAUCAUGUCUUUCCUCUUCGGCGGUCCCCCCAAGAUGUCCUCGGCAGAGAAGAUUGCUGCCGCUGAGAUCGAGGUCGAGAUGGUUUCCGACAUGUUCAACCGCCUUACCCAGUCCUGCGUCCAGAAGUGCAUCCCCAACGACUACCGCGAAGGCGACCUGAACAAGGGCGAGUCCGUCUGCCUCGAUCGCUGCGUUUCAAAGUUCUUCGAUGUCAACAUGAAGGUCAGCGAGAAGAUGCAGGGUGAUGCGGCCAGACAGGGCGGCAUGGGCAUGGGCGGCAUGUAAAGGCGAAAAACGAAAGAGCUGUUUAUUUAACCGGUUUUCUUAUCAACGUGUAUAAUCUAUUUGGGUUUCAGAUCUGCCACAGCUAUCCCUCCUAAUGGUUUCUUUGGGUUCUUAUGUAAUGACUGGAGCGGAAGGCCUGGCCUAGUGAUCGGGCUUGAUAGAUGGGACGGACGAGCAUCACUUGGGUUUGGAUAUACAUGUUUGUUUGGUCUUGGGCUGGGUUCCUCGGUCUUUUGCAAUGCGCGGUCAACGCGAACUGCGCAAGUCUAUUUCGGGGAUUAUGUACAUUAGAAAUGAUAUGUGGGCAUUUACAAAGGUUUGUUCUGGGAAAUCAAGAAUCUCCAUCAUG